AUGGUCAAUGCAAGUGAUGAGCACAUGGAAAAAGCUUUUGAGCUUGCUCAAGAGGCUCUAGACAACGAUGAAGUUCCGGUCGGAUGUGUUUUCACGUAUCGAGAAAAACAGAUAGGAUGUGGAAGAAAUAGGGUGAAUUGUACCAAGGACCCGACUACUCAUGCAGAGAUGGUGGCUUUACGGAGUAUGGAGGAGGAAAACCCAAAUAUCAAAGAGAUAAUGCAUGACUUGGUACUUCAUGUGACUCUCGAACCCUGCAUUAUGUGUGCUUCUGGCCUGUUUGAAUUAGGUAUUUCGAAAAUUGUUUACGCUGCAGCCAAUGAGAGAUUUGGAGGAAUUUAUAGUGUUGGGAACUGCUCUAAGUAUAACCAGAAGGACUCGAAUACAAAAGUGAUCGUCGACUCCAGAUAUGCAGACCGGUCAAUCUCUCUACUUAAAUCAUUUUACGACAAGCAAAAUCCAUUCGCUCCAGAAGAAAAAAGGAAAACCAAGUCUAGAUGA